AUGAGAAUUGAGAAGAGUGUUACUGUACUUGAUAGACCUUGGGAAGAGCUGAUUGAAGGCAUCAACCAAAAAUAUCCGAAUCCCCACUCAAAAGCUGCGAAAACAAACGAUGUUUUAAAACGGCGAAUUGAGAACGGACUCCUUAUAACCGAGAAAUGGGUUGGCAACGCUUUCCCCGUUCCCUCCAUCAUCAGAUCUACAUUCCUCAAGUGCACAGGGAUCAACUUCCCCGAAGUGGCACAUAGCUACGAGAAGACCGUCAUUGACAAGGAAGAAGGUCUGCUGAUGCAAUAUUCGAAGAACAACUCGAUGGCUGCUUUCCUCAACUUCGUCGAAGUGAUGCAGUACAAAAAAAUCUCUGAAACAGAGACAGAACUAACUCAGACGUGGAAAGUUCAGUGCGAUAUCAAUAGUUGGUUCAACAGCUGGUUCGAGAGCCAAUUUGUGGCAACUUGCGUUGGCAAUUCAAAGAAAGGCCUCGAUGGUCUCAAGUGGGUGACCGAGAAGCUCCACUCUGGCCCAGACGGACUUCUUGACCUGCACCACUUCCGUGAAAGCUUAAAAGUCCUUGUUGAAGAUAUCGAAACAACCACUGUCAAAGUUACAGAGAAUCUCAAAGAGGAACUUGGCGAAAUCAGCCAAGCUGUCAAAGAAACCCUCGAGUCUACGGAGAACAUCGUUACAGACGUAGCAGAGGAAAGUAUUCAAAAAGUCGGCCGCCGUAUUCGCCUAACAUCCGAACAUUUGCGCCAAGAACGAGAAAAAUAA